CGCAUUUUUGUCAGGUUAAUCACGUAGCUCUCGUCGCAAGACGACGUUACAUGCGCUUCAUAGCGCAGAGAUAGAGAGAAGCAGCCGAGGGAGAGAGAGAGGGAAUCCAGUCUCCCGAGCGGCACUUUGAAUAUUCAUCGGUCGCUCGGGGGGCAGUGAUUGUCGGAUUAUUGAGCUGCUAUGCUCCUCGAUACACAUCUCGCCAUCUCUUUUUCUCGCAGUCUAUGUGUGUGUGUAUGUGUGUACACGAGAUGUCCUUCGACGUGCCUGCGAAAUUGUCGCGGAUCGACUGAGAGGAAGUCUGGAGUGUACACACACACGUACAAUGCGGGUGUUUGUAGAGGAGAGAGCGAGAGAGCGAAUGCGAUCUUUGUAAACAAUGUCGCGACGCGAGAGAGCGAUAAAGUGUUAUUACUUUUUGUGAGUGUGUACAGGCUGCAGCUGUUGCGUCGCGCAUGGGUUUUUUACGGAAGCGCCUAUGCGCCAUCUCCCGGUACUGUGUGUUAGUGUUCCAUAAUCGUCGGAACGGCACUGCGUGUGCUGCUAGGAAGUGCGAUACUGCGAUUUGCGAAGGUCGAAACCAUCAUGACGAUCGUAUUAUUUACGUACUAAUUGAGGUUAGAUCGAAUGUUAGUUUGGAGCAUGCGGUAGUUUGGAGUUUCACUGUCAAGUCAAAGUAUAAAUUUGUAGAUCAUGUCUAAGUCACUGUGCAAAAGGAGAAAAAUUAAAAUAAUUAAAAGUAAGGAUGAUUCUGUCAGAACUAUAUUUGUCGAAGAUGACAAAUUAAAGAAAAUAACAUUAGAAGAUUACUUUUCUGGUGAGGGCAACAACACAUACAAAGAUGAAAAUAGCGAAAUUGUUUUUUUGCGGACAGAUGAACAAUACUUUUAUCUUGAAUCAGGAAUUUAAUAGAUACCUAUAUUUUUAAUGAAAAACAAAGUUUAACAGGUAAAUUGGUGAAAAAUAAAAAAAGACAAUUGAAUGAUAUGCUUGAUGAUUUAUACAAACAGAGAGAUCCGGAUCGAUCAUCAAAGAAGGUGGAUACAUCAACAUUAUAUGAGACAGAAAAUUGACAGUUCUUCAAGUAACGAUGAAGAAGAUUGUCUCAAAGAAUCCCGGCCUAAAACUGUACAGUUUUUUAAUAGAAAUAUUAAAGUUGGAUGGCGGCAUCGAAACGAUGCUAAGUCCUCUUAUAAGUAUAUGGGUGCGUCAAUUGGUCCUACAGUAUUGCUACAUUUAAAUGGCAAAGAAGAUUAUCCCCUCGAUAAAUUAAAACAAUGUUUACUUGAAAAUUAUGUGAAUGAAGCUAAUAAGUUUUUUUUUAAUUCCAGUGUAGAAGUUGGAAAUGCAUCAUGCAUAGUAAUAGAAUCUUAUUAUUAUGAUGGAAAAUUAAGAAAUUUUUGGGAGUACUACAGAUUAUAUUUGCGAAAAAGCAAUCAUGCCCUAACUGUUUAUCUUCUGACUACAGACAAACCGUUUAAUCUUAGCGAUUUUCCAGAUUGCUCAUUUCUCAAACAAGAUUACAUAAACAAGAUUACAGAUUCAAGAUCCACUUCCAAGGAAACUAUCACAAGCAAGGCUAGUGUCCCAAACAAAAAUAUGGAUCAGAACAAACGCAUUAUAAACAAGACUGAUGUACUGAAUCAAUUUGACUAUUCGAAUAUCAUUUCAAAGGAAACCAUCACAAGCAAGGCCAUAGACAAGUGUACAGAAGAGAAAGUUAUAAACAUUGAUCAAACUCCGAGCAAGAUUUUUUGAAUACGAACACUGAUUAACCAGCAUACAAUGACAAGUGUGUCUGGACAAAUUAAUGAAAAAGAGAGUCGAGCCAUGAAGGAGAUAAAUAUAAAUGUUCUUGAAGGUAAUGUGUUGAAUCAAAGUGAUAUUGAAAAAUCGAUAGGAUCACCAGCUUAUUCACAAUUAACUAGAGAAAAGAAGUCCACAGAUUGUGACAGCAUUGAGAGUUAUUUUGAAAAUGCAAGAUACAAUACAUUCGAUAUAGUCUAGGAGCCAGGGGGGUUUUCGUGGCCGACGGAGGUCCAGUCAGACACCAAAGUUUUCUAAGUGUAUUUUGGCCCGCUGAUCACGAAUUUCGAUGGUGUUUUGCACGAACGUGUAAAUUACAAAAGUUAUUAACAAUUUAAUUGUUUAAAACGCUGUAACAAGAAGAUAUAAUACAAAAAUUAUAUACUAACGUUGAAAAUACCUUUCACUUUCACGUAGAAAUAGUCUCAAAUUUGCAGAAAUCAAAAAAAUUAAUUACAAGUCGAGUUAUUGCAAAAUUAGUGAAUAUUACUUGCAUAAUUCACCUUUUCCAUCACUAUUUACCGCAUAACUUCGGUUCUAUUCCAAAUUUUUCAACUCAACACCUCUCAGUUUGAGCAUCAAACAUUUCUCUAUCGAUAUCUUAACAAAUAUUUAUAAUAAACAUUACGGGAAAAAAAUUAU